AUGGCUGAAUAUUAUCGCUUUUGGAAUUUGGUAGUACACGAAUGGCUUUAUGCUUAUAUUUACAGAGAUAUUUCACAGCUGAUUGGAGGAAAGAAAGGACGUUUUGCUGCUCAAACAAUGGUAUUUUUCUGUUCAUCUUUAUUCCACGAGUACUGGUUUGGAUUGGCUUUGAGAAUGUUCUAUCCCAUCAUAUUCACCUUGUAUUUCGUUUUUGGAGGAAUUUUCUAUUAUCUAUCACAGUUUAUCACUUCCAAAAGUGUGUGGAAUAUAGCGAUGCACACUAAUCUGUUAAUUGGUACCGGAAUAUUCGUAUCCUUGUAUAGUCAGGAAUGGUAUGCUAGACAGCGGUGUGAUCCAUAUUUCCACAAUUUCAUUCUCGAUUUUUUCUUACCUCGUCAUUGGCUUUGCGGAGCAUUGAGUGAUACGUGA